UGAUGCAACUCAACAAGCUCUUCUUUCCAAGCUCAAAACCAACAUACACCAAAGUAUCCAUAUCACUACUACCAAAUGUUGAACUACUCCAGAUUUAAUCAGGCAACUCAGAGUAGUGUUUUAGAUGCAGUAAUCACUUCUAAAUAAAGUCUCAGGUGUACCAUAAAAUCGUUAAGUUCCAGUUCUGUUAGUUAAACAUGAAAACUUCCUAGAUGACCUCAAUAAUAAAUACAUAAUGUUUUUCCAUUCUAACAGUGAAGACAUGUAAAAAUUAGUCAUUAAUCUAGAUAUAAUUGUUAUGAAUAUUUAUAUCCUAUCAUUUCUACAUUUAAUGUAAAUCUAAUAUUAGUCGAAUAUCCUAGUUAUGGAAUCUACCAAAAUUAAUCAGUAUCAUUUAUUUACAAACUAGGCUUCCGCAGAUAUCAUUUCUGAAGAUGCAAUAGCUGUCUAUUAAUAUUUCAUAAACAAAAGAAGAAUAAAGAAAGAAAACAUUAUUCUUAUGGGUAGAAGUAUGGGUUGUGGUCCUGCUUGUCUAUUAGCUUCAUAAUUUAAUCCUGCUGCUCUAAUUACUAUUAGUGGUUAUACUAGUCUUAAAGAAGUUGCUCAAAGUUUUAUUGGUAUUAUAAAUAUACUAUUUAGGAUCUGUAUUGGCUAAAUUGAUAGAUCAAAAAUUUGAUAAUUUAAAAAUUAUUUCAAAUGUCACAUGUCCCAUGUUAGUUAUACAUGGAUAAAAAGAUUAAUUUAUCACUUGUGAUCACUCUAAAAGAUUGAUCUCCUAAACUAAAUCCAAAAUUAAAUAAUAUCAUCUAUCUGAAAAUAUGGUAUUUAUUAUCUUACAUAUAUAUAAAUAGACACAUAAUGAUUUUAGUAUUCAAGAUGAUAUUAUUCAACCACUUAGAAAUUUAUUCGAAAAAAUUAAUUUCAUUUAAAUACCUUAAUAAUUACCAAAAGAUCAAAAUCCCCUCGGAAUUAUUGUUUUAAGAAAGUAACACUCCAAAAAAUAAACUAAUUUAAUUCUUUGA